CUUUGUAAAAUCAUAACUUUGUAAAUAGUGUAAUUUUUCUUUUAGAAAAUAUAAAACAUUGAUAAAUGAAAGGACAUUUAUGGAAAAAAUUUCAAACAUCCAUCUUAAACUUUGAACAAUUCAAUUAUUUUGACCAGUAAAAAAGGCUCCAAAAUUCCGUUAGUAUGGAAUAUAGGAGUAAUUAAUACUGAGUAGAGCCUACCUUCUCAAAUCCCAACAUAUAAAUUAAAAUAGCCUCAUGCUUAUCUGUCUCCUACUAUAUAUUCACUGAUACUAAUUAAUCAACCAUCGUUUCAAGUGCUCUUCCUUGUACGUCUCUCAUGCAUAUUGACACAAUUUGGAUCCAACAACUAUUAGGUUUGGGGCAUCUUGAUUAAUUCACUAGGUACAUGACAUCUUCCACCACCAUGGAUAUUAGGUUCUACCAAGAAAGCAUAGAUAUAUGUGAUGGAAUCCGUCCGAGCGUACUUGAAUAGUCCAAUGGGUCCUAAAACAACUCACUUUUGGGGUCCUAUGGCCAAUUGGGGAUUUGUCAUCUCUGGAAUGAUGGAUACAAAAAAGCCCCCAGACGCGAUAUCUGGCAACAUGACUGCAGUGUUGUGUAUAUAUUCGAUGUUGUGUAUGAGAUUUGCAUGGAUGGUGAGGCCUAGAAAUCAUAUGCUGCUAGCUUGCCAUGCUGCUAAUGAAUCUGUCCAACUCUACCAACUUUCUCGUUGGCUACGCUAUAGGAACCUCCAACCAAAGGAAGAGGCAGUGGCUUCUGAUUAGUGCGGAAGGAUAAUCUUGUACUAGUACUAGAUAAAUGUGCUCGUGCUAGCACGGGCUCAAUAUAUAUCAUUUUUUAAUUAUAAUUUAUGUGACAUAAAAAGAAUUUGAAGAGACAAUCAAAUUUUUAAUAUGAUUU